GACCCAUUAGUGAACCUCAGUGUCACAGGGACAGCCUUGGACCCAGACUCCAGCCUAAUGCUUGAAGCCUCUGGUUUGCUAAUAAUGCUCACGUGGGUGUUCUAAGACUCACAUCGUACUUUACAUAAUGAUCAUCACAGAUCUGAUUUAGAAGGAAUACAGACAUCAGGAAAUCUGACCUCAGUUUACAGAUAACUUGUCCAAGAUCCCACAGAUUGUGGAAGAUAGAGGAUUUAAAGGGUGUCGUUUUAUUCUCACAACCCCAGGAGGUAUGAGGUAAAACGAUCCCCAUUUUACAGAUGAGGAAACUGAGGUGAUUUCCCGGGGUCAUCUACUAGUGAGUAUUUGAGGCUGGAUUUGACUGCAAAGCCAGACACUAGGCUAAGGUGCCCUUUCUCAAUUACUUUUAUUUUUAGUGUAUAUAUAAAACUUGGAUUUGCCCUCUCCAAUGUGGAACCACGAGGUAUUUAUUCGUUUAACACUAACAGACCAUUCACAAGCUCUGACUCCUCCGCCUUCCCCUCCCGGCACUCCCCUUUCCUCCCCCCCACCCUCCCACCCCCGCCUUGGCUCCUUCCAGAUUUGGCUCAAAUCUUCCCUCUUACAGAAUGCCUCUCCCAGCCUCCCGCUUACUGCUAGUGCUGAGAACCUAUUGAUUUUGUAUCUAGCAGUCAGUAAACAUUUAUUAAGCACCUACUGUGUGCCAGGCACUGUGCAAUAUUCACAAAGCAAAAGGGGAGCUGUCCCUGCGCCCAAGGAGCUCCCAGUCUCGUGGGGGAAUAUCAUCAGUCAGCAGAGGGAAGGCACUAGAAAUAAGGGGACGGGGAAAGGUUUUCUGUACAAGGGGGGACUUUCGCUGGGACUCGGAGGAAGCUGGGGAACCAGGAGGGGAAGUGAAGAGCGAAGGGAGCAUCGAGGGAAAGCGUCCGGGAGAUGGGCUCCGGAGAGAGACCAACAUGAGGAGACAGUCAGAGGACGUUGGCUGGAUGGGGGUGGGGUGGGGGUGUGUGUGUGUGUGAGAAGACUGGAAAGGGGCCGGCGUGGGCAGGGGAUGAGGACUUUGAACGCCAAGCCCAGGAAUUGGGUCUGCUGGAAGCUGUGGGGAGCCUGGAGUUUAUCGAGUGGGGGAUUGGGACGGGAAUGCGUGACGUGGGCAGACUUUUGCUUUCAGAAGCUCUCGGUCCCCUGAAGGGAGGAUGUGAGAAUAAUCGAAAGUGGGAACGAGCGAGGAGGCACUGGAGGGCGGGCAGACCCCAUCCCCGCCCCCAAGCCAUUGCCUCUGGCCAGGCUGUGGAGAGGAGGACCUGCCCCAGGUGGGAGAUGGGAGACGGGCUGCAUCCGAGGCACGUACCUGGUGAACUGAACGGGCGUCGGCACCGCGGAGGAGGUGGAGGAUGUGCCUCGGCCACAGUCCGGGGGGCGGGGAGCGUGGGGCUGCCCUCAGUAGAGCAGUGAAGUUAAGAAGGUUUGGCGGGGAAAGUGAAUGUACAUGAACAGAGAAAUUUUACUUGGCUGCCCCAUUAGAAUGUGAGCUUCUUGAGGGCAAGAAAAGUGUGUGUGUGUGUGUGGGGGGGGGGGGGGGGGUUGUUGGUUUGUUUUAACCUUUCUCGUAUCCCCAACGCUUAGCACAAUGCCUGAGACCCUUUAAUGAAUGGCUGUCGACUUUCUGGGUCUGUUUCCCCAUCUGUAAAGUGGGGGAGGGGGGUUGGUUUGGAGGCCUCGAAAGUUCGGCCCAAUUCUAGAGUCUGGACUUUCGGGCAGCAUAUCCUACGUUGCAUCCCCGUAAUCCCACCAACUCUGAGGUGAGGGAGGGAGAACCCGGGUCUCCUAUUUUAUCACUCUUUCAGGACGGAGCUCGUCCGCGGUUCGGCUGGUCCGGGCCAGACAGCCUUUUGGUGCCGUGCCCCAGUUCCUUUCAGCCCACUCUCACUUUGCAAACUUUUUGCUGACUCCCCGGGGCCUUCCAGGCUCAUUUCCACCGAAAGGAAGAAGAGCGAGGUCCGGUUCUGAACUCCCUUUGGCUGCAGUGGGCACGCUGGGAGGCCCCACGGUCUGGCCCGGACUGGCUGGCUUCACCCAUCCCCCCCAACCCCUCACUCUUCAGUCCCCCAGGGUAGGGGGUAGGAGGAGUACUGAGGACCCCAGGGCGGUGCCGCGCGGCGGGAUCCUAGCCCUUGACCCGCCCCUCGUCCCCCUCUCCUCCCCCUCCCCACUUCCGGCUCUCAGCCGCCGCCAGCUCCAGUCGCUGUCGGGGCUGAAGCCGCAACAUUGUGGCCACUUGUGGCGCGCUCCCCCUGUCGCUGCCGAACUUGGCCUGUCCUGUCGGUCGCCUGAAGGGGCGGCCGCUGCCUUCGGGGCGGGGCGGAGUCUGGGGCGGCGAGGACGGCUGCUGGGCCGGGGCGGUCGGGAGUGCUCUCCGCGCUCUCGGCCCGUCCCAGCCGCGGCGCUCACGUCCCCUUGCGCCUCUCCGCCCUCGGCUCGCGGAUGCUCAGCUGGGCCCUCUCUUGACCCUCCCUCGCAGCCGUGUUGGACGCCUUUGGUGAGGAAGGAGAAGCCACAGGCAUGAAGGGUCUGCUUGCCAAAAGACCUCCGAGACAGAUGCAGCCAGAGGUGAAACUGGGGAAGGUCCCUUAGCCAUGGACACCCAGGCCCUCCCCGAGGCGAGGGCGGCGCCCCAGGACGCCCGCUCCUGCAUCCGGCUGCUCAGGGUGGAGCGCGAGCGCCUGGUCACCCACCUCCACAACGUCCAGUGUCUCCUCGACAACCUGCUCGUCAACGAGUACUUCUCUGGGGAAGACGCCGAGAUCGUGGGCGCCUGCCCCACGCUGCCCGACAAGGUCCGUAAGAUGCUGGACCUGGUCCAGAGCAAAGGGGAGGAAGUGUGCGAGUAUCUCAUCUAUGUGCUGCAGCAAAUCCCAGACGCGUUCGUCGAUCUGCAGCCCUGGCUGGAGGAGAUCCGCUUCUCGUCCUCAGAGCUCGUGAGGGGCAGAACGAUCGUGAAUACUGAUCCCGUGAGCAGGUACACGCAGAAGCUGCGCUCGGAGUGGGGCCGGGACUCCAAGUUCCUCACGUGCUACAGUCAGAAGGAGGAGAUGCUGCUGGCGGACGCUUACACCGAGAACCUCAUGGAGCUGGUGGACUUCGGCAACGAGAGCCUGGGGGGCGUGGGUCUGGGCUCCCUGCUGGACGACUCCACGGGGGUCAUCAAUCAGGAGGGAGAGACGGUCUUCGUCUUCGGCGACGCGGGCGUGGGCAAGUCGGUGCUGCUGCAGAAGCUGCAGAGCCUGUGGGCGCGCGAGGAGCUGGCCGCGGGGGCCAAGUUCUUCUUCCCCUUCCGCUGCCGCAUGUUCAGCUGCUUCCCCGCCAGCGCGGCGCUCACCCUGCGGGAGCUGCUCUUCGCGCACAGCUGCUGCCCGGAGCUCGAGCCCGACGCCGUUUUCGCCUUCCUCCUGCGCUUCCCUCGCUCCGUCCUCUUUACCUUCGACGGCUUCGACGAGCUGCACUCGGACUUCGACCUGAGCCGCGUGCCCGACGCGGCCUCCCCCCUGCAGCCCGCCCACCCCCUGGCGCUGCUGGCCAGCCUGCUCCGAGGCAAGCUGCUCCCGGGCGCGGGGAAGGUGCUGACGGCCCGCACCGGCGUCGAGGUCCCCCGCGCCUUCGUCCGGAAGAAGGUGCAGCUGCGGGGCUUCUCUCCCAGCCACUUGCGGGCCUACACCUGCAAGUUCUUCCCGGACCGGGCCCUGCAGGUGCGAGUCCUGAACCAGCUGGACGCCAGCCCCCACUUGUGCACCCUGUGUUCCGUGCCCUUGUUCUGCUGGAUCAUCUUCAGGUGCUUCCGCCACUUCCACGGCGCCCACGAGGAUGGCCAGCCUCUGCCCGGCCUCACGGUGACUCUCACGGACAUCUUCCUGCUCAUGACCGAGGCCCACCUGAACCGGGCGCUGCCCACCAGCCUCGUGCAGCGCAACACGCGGAGCCAGGUGGAGACGUUGCGCUCCGGCCAGGAGACGCUGCGCGCCCUGGGCCGCCUCGCCUACUGGGGCAUGCUGAAGAACCUCUUCGUCUUCAGCCAGGAGGAGGUGGAGGCGGCCGACGUGCAGGAGGCGGACCUGCAGCUGGGCUUUGUACGGGUCGUGCCCGAGCCGGGGCCCCUCGGGGACCAGCCCGCCUACGAGUUCCUCCACAUCACCCUGCAGUCCUUCUUCACCGCCCUCUUCCUCGUGGCCGACGACAAGGUGAGCACGAAGGAGCUCCUGAAGUUCUUCGGGGAGUGGAUGCCCGGGGGGCGGACGGCCGCCCUUGCCCUCCCCUUGUUCAGGCUGGGCUGCCUCGGGGGGAGCAACCCGGACAAAGGGGACCCCUUCCGGAACAACGACCACGUGCAGUUCACCAACCUCUUCCUGUGCGGGCUGCUGUCCAAGGCCAAACAGCGGCUGCUGCGGCACCUGGUGCCGGCCGUGGCGCUGCGCAGGAAGCGCAAGGCCCUCUGGAGGCACCUGUUCGCCAGCCUGCGCUCGUACCUGAAGAGCCUGCCCCGCACCAACACGGGCGAGUUCAACCAGGUGCAGGCCAUGCCCACCUUCAUCUGGAUGCUGCGCUGCAUCUACGAGACGCAGAGCCAGCAGGUGGGCCGGCUGGCGGCCAGGGGCAUCUGCGCCAACUACAUCAAGCUCACCUACUGCAACGCCUGCUCCGCCGACUGCUCGGCGCUCUCCUUCGUCCUGCACCACUUCCGCAAGCAGCUGGCACUCGACCUGGACAACAACAACCUCAACGACUACGGCGUGAAGGAGCUGCGGCCCUGCUUCGGCCGCCUCACGGUCAUCAGACUCAGUGUGAAUCAGAUCACCGACUGCGGCGUCAAGGUGCUGUAUGAAGAGCUAACGAAAUACAAAAUUUUGACCUUCUUGGGGUUAUACAACAACCAGAUUACCAAUGUUGGAGCCAAAUAUGUUGCUAAGAUUGUGGAGGAGUGCACAAACCUCACACACUUGAAACGCCAUAACUUUCUCCACAGACUGGGCUCAAACUACAUAACGAGCGAAGGAGGAAAGUGCCUGGCUUCGGCGAUCAAGAAGAGCAAGUCGAUCAUGGACGUUGGGAUGUGGGGCAAUAAGAUAGGGGACGAAGGGGCCAAGGCCUUUGCGGAGGCACUGAGGAAUCACCCCAGCUUGUGCAACUUGAGUCUCGCCUUCAACGGCAUCUCCACGGAAGGAGGAAAAAGCCUCGCGAAAGCGCUCCAGCAGAACAGCUCGGUGAAGAUCUUCUGGUUGACCAAAAAUAACCUUGAUGAUGAAGUAGCCGAGAGCUUGGCGGAGAUGCUGGAAGUCAAUCAGACGCUGACGGAUUUGUGGCUCAUUCAGAACCAGAUCACGGCCAAGGGGGUCUCCUGCCUGGCGGACGCCCUCCGGAAGAACUCCACCAUCCUCGAUAUUUGCUUAAAUGGGAACCCCAUCAAGCCUGAGGAGAUCGGAGUUUUUCAAGAUGAGAAGAGGUUCCAUUUCUGAGGAGCUGCGUCUGCCAGCGCUUUCUGGGGCCGGAAAGAAAUGCGCCGUCGGAGCCAGAGACGCAGCCUCCCGGGCUUGGGGACGAGAGCCUGGGCCGGCUGUCGGGGCGGAGCUUGGGGACAACGGUGGUCCUCAUGGUGCAGCCCCCUCACCCCCCGGGGCACCGGGCAGACGAGGCCGCUGAGAGCAGCCCAUUUUGCCUUUUCCGAUAAAGGAUUAGGGGACAGACCGGAUUUUUCUCGCGGCAGAAUCCGGUUUUUGGACAUUUUUGGAUCGUGUUUAUGUGGCCAGAGGCUCGUGUCCACAGCCCUAAUUUUCUGUCCGUUUCCAUUAGCAGUGUUGUGCACACACUAAGCCCUUCAGCUGUGGUAAGGGGAAGAAUUUAUUUUUCUAUGUAAUGGGAGGAAGAAAAGUGUAAAAGAAAAUUCCGAGCUGGCCGAGCUUGGUUCCUGCCAGUGCCUGAACCUCCCCCGAACCCGAAGGCCGCUGAGCGGUGCAGUGGAUCAGGGCACGGGGGACUUACAGACAGGAAGACCUGAAUUCAAAUCCUGCUUCACAUGCUGGCUGAAUGAAACUCGGCAGGUUUCCUCAUCUGUAAAAUGGGAAUAAUGCUAGAACUUACCUCACAGGGUGGUUGGGAGGAUCAAAUGAGAUACAGAGUGCCUUGAAAACCUAAAGUGAUGCCUUAAAAAAAUUAUUGGGAUUAUUAUCGUGGAAAUAAAUCACUGCUGGCAUCUAGGAACUGAGAACCACAAUGACAUGGGGCCAUAGAUUCCGAGUGGAAGGGACCCCACAGUGGGGAGGAAUAAGCACUUAUGUGGCGCCUACUGCCUAUGAGCCGGGCUCUUUUUACAAAUAUCAUCCCAUUUGAUCUUUGUCUCAGCCCUGUGAGGUCGGUGCUAUUAUUAUCCCCAUUCUGCAGAUGAGGAGACCAAGGCAGACAAGUGCUCUGGGCCCUCUAGUCCAGCCGCCUCAGUAGGCACAUGAGGAGACUGAGGCAGGAGAUGUGGCCGAGCCUGACGUCUGGUCUCCAUGUUGGCGUGGCCAGCGCCGGCGCGCUUCUGGGACUAAGUGCUCGAUAAAUACGAGUGCUUCAUCAAA